GGCGCGCCGCCGCUCCCGGCGCGCGCGCGCCGCCCCGCGGGCCGCUCGCGGGGGGGCCAAUGCCGCAGGGCGGCGCGGGAGCCGACGACGACAGCCCCGCGCGCACGCCGCGCGCGCACCGCGGCGUGCCGGAGGACCAUUUUUUAUGCGCCGGGGGCGGCCCUGGCGGAGCUUCGCCGUCGGUCCGAGGAGUUCCAGCGGAGCCUGGAGGCGCUGACGGCGAGUCACGCGGUGCACCUGGAGCUCCUGGGCGCGGCCGCGCGGGCGCAGGCCGCGCAGGGCUCUGGCGCCCCCGGCGGCGGCCCUGGCCGCCCCCCGGUCGAGGCGUGCACGCUGGCCCCGCCGCACGCGCCCGAGGUGGUCGGCGUCGGCGUCCGCGACUUCUGGGCCAGGGGGGCGGCUAGCCCGGAGAGUCCGGCACCGUCGCCCUGCCGUCGUGCAUCGACUGGAAGAGGCACAAAGAUCAGCGGGUACGAGGUACUGCACACGUCCUCUUCUCCCCACCUCCCCGCGUGUGGUAGACCAGCCUCGUUUGGCGCGUGUUCGUCCAUCAUGCCCGAGUCGGCGACACACAAGAUGUGGACGGUCGUCAGCUUGCUGUUCAUCGUGUAUGAUGUUCUCUCCCUGCCGCUGACAGUGUCAUUCAGUCUCGACGACGUUCUCUUUUUCACCUACAUGAACUUGGCGGGGAGUGUAUUUUGGACCCUCGAUAUUUUGAUGAAUUUCAUGACAGGCUUUUACAAGGCGGACAAGGUCGAGCGAGGGUUCUCAGAGAUAGCUCGACAUUACAUCCGAGGUUGGUUUCUUCUUGACCUAAGUGUCGUCGUUGUUGAUUGGGCAUUUCUCAUUCUGGUGGGUCAGUUUGGCGCUGGUGCGUUCCGGUUGGUGAAGGUUCCUAGGUGGGUCAGGGCCAUCAAAGUCUUCAAGAUGUUUGACCAAGCCUUGGACAUGCUUCUUGCCAAAGCUGCUGGCGUCAUCGCGGACAACGUGAGAUUUUUCCUCUAUUGGCACUGUGGCGGACAUCGUCGCGUUCAGCCACUUCGUUGCCUGCGGAUGGCAUCUCGUCGGAGGCUCGCAACAGGGCGGCGGCGCCUCCUGGCUAGACCAUGGAGACUUGGACGACAAGGGGCCUCUGUUCCUGUAUAUUGUGAGCUUGCAGUGGAGCGUCUCUCAGUUUACCCCGGGGAAGAGCCCUUACGAUGCCCGGAACCUCGCCGAAUGGCUGUACACGUGCGUCGUCCUCUUCUUCGGCAUGGCGGUGUACUCCUCCUUCCUUGGGGGCAUCACUGGCUCGCUCACCUGCGCGCGUACUGAGACGAUGCAGCGCUACCGCGACGAAAAACGGCUCGUCGGCUACCUCCGCGCUAACAAGGUGGGCGAGCAUUUGCGCAGUCGGAUCGAUGCCGUCAUGCGCUAUCAGCACAUUUGGUGAGUCCCCGCUCGUGUUUUCCGACAUCAAGGGUUUCCAGAACUUCCCGCAAAGCUUGCUCGCUGAGAUAAAGUGGUCCACUUGCAGUGCCUGCAUCCGGCUGCACCCGCUCUUCGGUAGGAUCAUGGCGUCGCACGCCGGGGCGGUGUACCGUAUCUGCGGCAGCGCCGUCGCCGAGCUGUCCUGCAGGUGGGGCCACGAGCUCUUCCACGUCGGCACCCUCGCCGAGCAGAUGCUCUUCGUGAAGAGCGGCUGCCUGCAGUACCGUACGACCAGGCCUGUCGAGGAGGACCUGUGCGUCCUGCACAGGUCCUCUCGCAUCUCCGGCAAGGGCCUGUACAGGUCGUCCCUGGCUACUGUGGAGUCCGUGGGGAAACUGCUCCGCCUGACCGGCACGUGCGCGCCAGAGCAGGGCGACGCCGCGCCGGCGGGCGACUGCGUGCUGAUCAGGCCCGCCCCAGAGGAGGAGGCGAGGUAUCCCUGGAUCUGCGAGGCCGCGCUGUGGUGCGUCUGGACCCACCACGGCACCGCGGUCGCGAGGGAGAACUCCGUGGUGCUCGCGGUGCAGUCCGCGGCUCUGCAGUCCGCGGUCGCCGACGACGUCCCCGUGCGGGAGGCCUUCCGGGCCUACGCGCAGGCUUUUGCGCGCGACCUCGGCGAGCGAGCGGCGCGCUGCGACUGGCACAACUACAUCGGCAUCGUGAACGACUACCAGGGCGGCGACAGGUCAGACGCGCUCGCGACUCUGGCGGUGGCCAGGGCCGACCAGGAGCUCGCGCGGAUCAGCAAUCACAUGAGGCACGGCAUGUCCACCGUGCCGCCCGUCGAUGUCGAGGAUUAGCGGCGCCCGUGGCGCUCGUCGCCUGCAGAGCGGCGGAAGGCUGGCACGUGGCUUCGGCUUUUCGUCCAGACCCCAGGUGUGUUGCAGUGGCAACAGGGUGCUGCAGAGCUGAGGCGGGCCUGCCCAGUACCACAGUCAGCACCAUGCAGCGCAAUCUGGACCCCGGAGGUUUCGUGCCGAACUCUCCAUGCUCUUGUGCUUUUUUUUUCGUGCAUGCUAAGUAUCUUGCUUGUUAGCAGGGCAUAGAUCGCGAGCGCUCGCCUCCCACGUUUGCUGAUUGCCAUGCUACAGCCAUUCUUCGAGAUCAGAUGUCUGAUCAGCGCAGUCUGCACAACCUGCGCCAUAAGCCAUACGGCCCGAUGCGUUCUCAGGCCGUUUGGUUUCGCCAGUCUCGGGGAGCCGCCCGGCAGACAUUUCCUGGGACGGAGGUGCACGCGUGCCUCAUAUGGAGUGUACAGUUGACGUAGCCACCACACCUGUAUAAUUGUAUAGGCGCAUUUGCUCUCCCCGUGUCGUGUGGCUCCUGACGCGUCACACUCACGGCCAAUCGCGACGUACCACAAGUCCCGUGGGGUACGUUCUUUCUGCCAGGAAGCUGACGUGCACAUGACAUGUUCUACCUGAUGGAAGGCUGGAUGCACACGAUGCUGCGUCCCCGCUCGCCCCCGCGUUCGGCAGGGUGCUUCGGAUGUGAGCUCCUUGCGUGGCCUCCGCGUGCUUCUCGUACGCUUCUGGCCGCCUGUGUGUGUCCAGCUUCCUGGUGGGUCCGUGUGGCCUCUUGGAGUCGGCAAGGCGAGGCACCGGCAGGCAUCUGCUCCGGUGAGAUGAAGCUUUAUUUCAUGAGAAUUGAGCGAAGUCCCGUUAGAUGCCUCUACCAGACAGCGCAUGGGGC